GAGGGUCUGGAUAGAGGUUUAAUUGGUUCAAUUAAGCAAUAUAGAACAGGGUUGGAACAAAAACUUUGGCAAGCCCGGUUAACCGCAGAAGCAUUACCCUGUCAGUAAGUGCGGUACAGUAAUCGCACGCUGGGCUGGAAUCCCGAGCUCCGCCCCUAGGUUCGAAUAAAAAGUUCUGACGAAUCGUGAGAGAGAUAGUUUUACUUUCGUUUCUGUUCUGGUUUGAACUUCACGGGUUUAGACUUUGGGAAGGGGGAAAACCUGCUGCUGCUGACUGGAUCUCUUUGCGAAAGACACCUUGGAAAGUCACUAUAUCUGAUAGACAGAGGGAGGACCAUGGCUGCUGACAGACGCACACUCCAGGUCCUCCGGGUUCCCAGUGUCCUCCCUGAUGAUCGGAUGAUCGACAAGCUGCUGAUUCACUUCCUGCGGCCCCGGAACGGGGGAGGGGAGGUCCUGGGGGUGAGAUUCCCCACCGACACACCAGGAGAGGCGCUCGUCACCUUCGAGCAGGAGGAAGUUGCUGACAGGGUUCUGCAGUGCACUCAAGUUCUGGAGCUGCAGUCAGGGAAACACCCCCUGGAGGUCAAGACAGUGGGGAGUGAGGAAAGUAUAGAGGUUGACAUGCCCGUGAGAACAAGCCUAAGCCUGGAGAUGUUCCCAGACCAAGGCAGGGUGAGAGAGCUUCUUGAGAAACACCGCUUCAGGGUGACUGAACUGCAGGGACGACGCCCUGAGGAGCUACAGAUCGAGGGCUCCUUCACAGAGCUAAGGAAGCUGAGGACUAAACUCUGCAAACUGCUGCCUGCUGCUCCCAGGGAUGUCCAGGGACCUCCGGCCAGCCGAUACCUUUACACUGCAGAUGAAGUGCAAGGGCUGGAGAACAGCAUUGGGGCCAGACACAGCAGGGUUAACGACUCAGGGAACGGGGCAAUAUCCAAAAUAAAAUUCUCAAAUUCUCCAGGGCAAGGGAAUGAUCCAUAUUCCAUGGGAGAGAGACACUCCAGAGCUCAGCCAGUCACCUUACCUUUGUCACCUCAAGCCCAUCAAACCACCAGGAAAGCCCAGAGACUUGCGUUCAACAUUGACAAGCAUGUGCUGAGGUACGCCAAAGCUUUCCAUAGGCAGGAGAUGUCUGAGAUCCUGGAUAGCCACUGUGUGGAAAUGAGCGAGGAGGAGAGUGAUGAGAUCAGUAAUGUGAUCUUAACUCCACUGAUUGGCCAUGACAGCCCUGAAAGUAUUUUAAAAGUAGCUAAGGAACUGCUGUCCAGUCUGUUAUUUGAACUAGGACAUACUCUACGGACACAGGAAAUUGAUCUCUCUUCCUAUGACCGUCAGCAACAAAGUCAGAUUCUGGAGCAGUCCAAGAUGUUAAAAAAUAUUUACAAAGUUCUAGUGAUCUGUCCUGACGGGGGGAGCAUACAGCUGGUGGGACCUUCGAUGGAGAGCUAUGAGCUGAGGCUGAGGCUGCUGGGGCAGGCAGUUAAUUCCUCAGUGGGGGAGCAGCUUGACAGUAAUCGUCAAGGACGCUGGAUGGACAGAGGUGACGUCAGGCGCAGCUCUUCCCUCCCCCGACAACCGAGCACAACGGACCUCAGCAGUCCCAUGGAGGGGUCUGCCAGUGCCCAGCAGUACUUCCCAGAAAAGUACCAGGGGAUGGGACAGCUGGGUGUGACAGGGCUGGAGAAGGAGAAAGCAGGAAGCACACCCAGUCCCAAAAAGAAAGAGAAGAGCCUCCAGAGGAAAAGGGCCUCCUCAGAAACCAGGGGCAAGACAAAGGAACGCCAGCAAGCCUGGAUAGAGAGCAGUCGAGAAGCAGAAAGAGAGCCUCCGUCUGGACAGGGAGGGCUGGGUGUCGAGAGUGACGUGAAAAAAAAAAAAAAAAAAUUGCCAACUUUGAUGAGAAGCAUGACCAUUUUUUCGGACAAAAUGUUUAAGCGAAAGAAAAAUUAAGAAUAGAAGGUGAAAGUGAGAGGAGUCUGUCCGGUUUUAGUAGCUGGUUGACCUCAAAACUUUUGAAUUUUUUUUUUUUUCUAAUUUAGUGGUCACCAAUUAUUUUUAUUGUUUUCUCCCCAAUUUAGUAAUGUCCAAUUAUUUUUUUAGACUCCGCCCACCGCUACCACCCCUGACUCGGGAGUGGCGAAGACAAGCACACGCUGUCCUCUGAAGUGUGUGCCGUCAGCCGACUGCUUUUUUACACACUGCAGACUCACCAUGCAACCACCCAGAGCUACAGCGUCGGAGGACAACGCAGCCCCGGGCAGCUUACAGGCAAGCCCGCAGGCGCCCGGCCAGACUACAGGGGUUGCUGGUGCCCGGUGAGCCGAGGACACCCUGGCCGACCUAGCCCACCCUCCCCCCAGGCGGCGCUCGACCAAGUGAGUGCCGCCCCCUGGAAGCUCCCGUCCUCGGUCAGCAAAGGAAUAGCCUGGACUUGAAUUUGCGACGUCAAGACUAUAGCGCACAUCCUGCACUCCAUGCAGAGCACCUUUACUGGAUGCGCCACUCGGGAGUCCAACCUCAAAACUUUUUCACGUUGGGUAUUAAAGGAUCCAAGGGAUUCGUUCUUUAAAGUUGAUUCUUAAGUCAAGGGUCUGCAUAUAGAAAAAAGUACUGGAGGAUUUGCUGUGCACGAUUAUAUGAUCACUAACCUACACGUUAGAUACCAGUUUUAUAGUAGUUAAGGAACGCAAUACAGUACUGUACAAAUAAGAUACAAUGAAAAUACGAUGUGUUUGAAGUAACCUGCAUAUCCUGUAUCAAUUGUUAUUUAUAACUCUAAGCUCAUGCAUGGUGGUAGAAUCCAUUGAUCAUAAAUAUUGUCAUUGUAGAGCUCACAGUAGAUGUCACUACCGUUUGUAACCAGAGUGAUGAUUGUAUAUAGUUGUAGUUUUGUGACGAUGUAAGUCUACACCCCCUUUCAAAAUGUUCACCUUUUGCUGCCUUAAAUGCAUUAAAAUAGUUUUUUUUUCAUUUAUCUACACAUCCUUCCCCACAACUUCCAAGUGAAAAGAAUAUUCUGGAAAUUUGUAUAAAAUUAAUUAAAAAUAGCUUGGUUGGAUAAGUGUCCACCCCCCUUGUAAUAGCAAUCCUAAAUUAGCUCACGUGUAACCAAUCGCCUUCAAAAUCACACACCAAGUUAAGUGGCCUCCACCUGUGUUAAAUUGUAGUGAUUCACAUGAUUUCAGGAUACAUUCAGCAGUUCCUGUAGGUUCCCUCUGCUGGGUAGUGCAUUUCAAAGCAAAGACUCAACUAUGAGCACCAAGGCGAUUUCCAAAGAACUCCGGGACAAAGUUGUUGAAAGGCACAGAUCAGGGUAUAAAAAAAUAUCAAAGGCCUUGAAUAUACCUUGGAGCACGGUCAAGACGAUUAUUAAGAAGUGGAAGGUGUAUGGCACCACCAAGACCCUGCCUAGAUCAGGCCGUCCCUCCAAACUGGAUGACCGAGCAAGAAGGAGACUGAUCAGAGAGGCUACCAAGAGGCCAAUGGCAACUUUGCAAGAACUACAGGCUUUUAUGGCCAAGCCUGGUCAAAGUGCAUGUGACAACAAUAUCCCAAGCACUCCACAAAUCUGGCCUGUAUAGUAGGGUGGCAAGAAGGAAACCAUUACUCAAGAAAGCCCACCUUGAAUCCUUUUUGAAGUAUGCAAAAAAGAACACCAUCCCUAAUGUUUCUCAUCGGCAGGGACUGGGGCAUUUGUCAGGAUAGAAGGGAAAAUGAAUGGAGCAAAGUACAGAGAAGUCCUUGAGGAAAACCUGCUGCCCUCUGCAAGAAAGCUGAAACUGGGACAGAAGUUCACCUUUCAGCAUGACAACAACCCAAAGCACACAGCCAAAGCUACACUGGAGUGGCUAAGGAACAAAAAGGUAAAUGUCCUUCAGUGGCUCAGUCAGAGCCUCGACCUAAAUCCAAUCGAAAAUUUGUGGCAUGACUUGAAGAUUGCUGUCCAUCAACACUCCCCAAGGAACUUGACAGAGCUUGAACCGUUUUGUAAAGAAUGGUCAAAUAUUGCCAAAUCUAGGUGUGCAAAGUUGGUAGAGACCUAUCCCAACAGACUCACAGCUGUAAUUGCUGCCAAAGGUGCUUCCACCAAGUAUUAACUCGGGGGUGGAGACUUAUCCAAUUAUGAUCUUUCAGUUUUGUAUUUUUAAUACAUAAUUUUUUUUUCUCAAUAAAAACUUUUUUCCCCUUAACAGUGUGGAGUAUGGUGUGUAGAUAAGUGGAAAAAAAUCCUCAUUUAAAUGCAUGAAACUCUGAGGCACUGACACAACAAAA